AUGCCCGUCGAGCAGGGCUACCGCGGCGGCAUCGAACUCACCAUCCCCAUUGCCAUGGCCAUCGCCGGCUUCUUUGCCAUCUCCAUAUACAACGUCAUCGAGAUUAACGUCCACAUCUUCUUCCGCUUCCGCAAACGCGCCGGCCUGUACUUUUGGAGCUUGAUCUUUGCCUCGUGGGGAAUCGUCCUGCACUCGGUGGGAUUCCUGCUACAGUUCUUCCAGAUCUGCCGCGAUGCCUAUGCCAACAUCGUCAUCAUUACCCUCGGGGGCGUCCCCAUGGUCAUUGGCCAGUCCCUCGUUCUUUACUCCCGCCUUCACUUGGUUGUUGAAGACAAGCGAAAAAUCCGAUGGGUCCUGGUCAUGAUCCUGUCGAGCUUCUUUGUCUUUACCGUACCGCCUACAGUCCUUAAUUUCGGCUCCAACUCUCCCCAUCCAGGACCAUACAUCAGACCAUUUGAAAUCUACGAAAAGGUCAUGCUCUUCGGGUUCGCAGCGCAAGAGAUCACCAUCUCGGGCAUCUACCUGUGGGAAACCCGGAAGAUGCUACGGCUCAUAACGCCCCACAAGAGGGAAGCCUCCCGCCGGGUGAUGAAGCACCUCAUCUACGUUAAUAUCCUCGUCAUCUUGAUGGACUUGUCCAUAAUCGGCGCCGAGCUAGGUGGUGCACACGUCAUCCAGACCACCUACAAGAGCGCCGUGUACAGCGUCAAGCUGAAGCUGGAGUUCCCCAUCUUGAACCAACUGCGCGCUCUAGUCAAGAGGGGAGGCCGGACUUGCGACUGCGCAAUACCGCAAAUGUCGUCCAUUGCCGACGCCGCGGGACCUAGACUAGGAUACGAACCGAUCCUCAGGGGCAAUUCCUCGACUAGUUCCCCCUUUUCCUUGACAACGCAACGGCCAAGCGUUUCCUCAGAUGGAUAUCGUAAACCGCAACUCAGUUUCUGA